CUCCCCUUACCUGCAGCUGCCGAGGCUGGACGCACUGAGCUCUCUUUAUUGUUCGCCUUUCCCGUCCAGGUCCCAGCAUGCCUGACGAGACACCCCAGAUGGCAUGGGAGGCCGCCGGCUGCCCCCACCCAACGAGUGUGCACACGGAGAAGAGAGGCCUGGAGAAGGAAGGGAAGGAGCAGUUGUGGAUCCUGCCCAACACCCCAAGCAGGUGCACCUGGCAGCUGGGCAAGCCUGCCGCCCAGUCUCCGCAUCACCACGUCACCUCGUCCAAACCUCCCAAAAUUUUGCCAGAUAUCCUGAAGAAAAUUGGGAAUACCCCCAUGGUCAGAAUCAACAAGAUUGGAAAGAACUUUGGCCUGAAGUGUGAGCUCUUGGCCAAGUGUGAGUUCUUCAAUGCGGGUGGGAGCGUGAAAGACCGCAUCAGCCUACGGAUGGUGGAGGAUGCGGAGCGGGCCGGGACUCUGAAGCCUGGGGACACCAUCAUUGAGCCCACGUCAGGGAACACAGGGAUCGGGCUGGCGCUGACCGCGGCUGUGAAGGGCUACCGCUGCAUCAUCGUGAUGCCCGAGAAGAUGAGCACCGAGAAGGUGGAUGUCCUGCGUGCCCUGGGGGCCGAGAUCGUGAGGACGCCCACCAACGCCAGGUUUGACUCUCCCGAGUCCCAUGUGGGCGUGGCCUGGAGGCUGAAGAACGAAAUCCCCAAUUCUCACAUAUUAGACCAGUACCGCAAUGCCAGCAACCCCCUGGCUCACUACGAUACCACCGCUGAGGAGAUCCUGCAGCAAUGUGAUGGGAAACUGGACAUGCUGGUGGCCUCAGCUGGCACAGGUGGCACCAUCACAGGCAUCGCCAGGAAGCUCAAGGAGAAGUGUCCAGGGUGCAAGAUCAUCGGGGUGGACCCUGAGGGCUCCAUUCUCGCCGAGCCGGAGGAACUCAAUCAAACGGACCAAACAGCCUAUGAAGUGGAGGGUAUUGGCUAUGACUUCCUGCCCACGGUGUUGGACCGAACGGUGGUGGACAAGUGGUUCAAAAGCAACGACGAGGACUCCUUCGCUUUUGCCCGCAUGCUGAUCGCCCAGGAGGGGCUCCUGUGUGGUGGCAGUGCGGGCAGUACCAUGUCCAUCGCUGUGAAGGCUGCCCAGGAGCUGCAGGAGGGCCAGCGCUGUGUGGUCAUCCUGCCUGACUCUGUGAGGAACUACAUGUCUAAGUUCCUGAGCGACCGCUGGAUGCUGCAGAAGGGCUUCAUGAAGGAGGAGGACAUGGUGGUGAAGAAGCCAUGGUGGUGGCACCUCAGAGUCCAGGAACUGAGCCUGUCGGCCCCACUGACUGUGCUGCCGACGGUCACCUGCGAGCAUACCAUUGAGAUCCUUCGGGAGAAGGGCUUCGACCAGGCACCCGUGGUCGAUGAGGCGGGGAUGAUCCUGGGGAUGGUCACUCUAGGGAACAUGCUGUCAUCCCUGCUGGCCGGGAAGGUGCAGCCUUCAGACCAAGUCCGCAAGGUCAUCUACAAGCAGUUCAAACAGAUUCGCCUGACAGACCCGCUGGGCCAGCUCUCACACAUCCUGGAGAUGGACCACUUUGCCCUGGUGGUGCAUGAGCAGAUUCAGUAUCACAGCCAGGAGAAGUCCGGUAAGAAGCAGAUGGUGUUUGGGGUCGUCACUGCCAUUGACUUGCUGAACUUUGUGGCUGCCCGUGAACGGAACCAGAAGACAAAGCUAAACCCAGGAUUGCCAGGCCAGCAGUGAAUUCUCCACUCUUAGCCCUCUUCCUACUCAGGGUCCAUUCUCUUGCUUUCGUAAACACUAGGCAAAUCCAUGAUUUCUCAUUGCUUAUCAACGACAGGUAGCCCGGAGCCGAGUCAGGCCAGCAGAAACGUUGCUGCUUCCCUUUGUCAGUGCUUGUGACUGAAAUGAAUCUAUUUUAUGUCUUAAUCACUGAAAGGCGUUUUUCUUUGACUUUCUCUUAAAAACGAUUUAACAAGGAAGUUGUAUUAGAAGAGAAGAUAGUCAAGUGGGUGAACACAUACAAAGAUUGGGGCAGAAGGAUCGAGGAAGAAGAAAGUGCUUUUUCCGGAGAAGAAUGGAGACAGGGGACAAUAGAAGGGAGGCUGGGGAAAUGUGGACCGGUUCAUGCCCUUUCUCAUGGGCAGCAUCUCCCUUGGGGUGGGGUUGGUUCGUGGGUUUUGACCCUUGCUCAUUGUGGAGCUACAACGAGUGCCUCCCCGCCAUGCUUCCACACCCAGUGCCUUUGUCUCCCAUUGUUGCUCUCACUGAAAUACCACAGGUGGGUGCCUUUAGCAAACAGAAAUUUAUUUUCUCACAGUUGAGGCUGGAAGUCCAAAUUCAGGGCACCAGCUCUAGUAGAAGGCUGUCUGUUGGUGCUGGGGGACGGUCCUUGUCUCUGCAUCCUUGGUUCCUGGGCAAUCCUCACCUGGCCUCUGUCUCCCCUGUUUGAGCUUGUCUAUGUGUCUCAUCUGCUCUUUUGAUAACUCGGAAGUGAUUAGGUUUUGGACACACCUGCACUGACAUGGUUUCAUAAACAUAACAAAGAAAACCCUUUUAGGAAAAAGGGGUCAGGAUUCCAACUCAUGUUUCACAGGGACACAGUUCAAUCCAUAAUACCCCAACUCUGUUUCUUCUUUCUCAUCAAACCAUGUCAGUCAUGCCCAUCAUAAUGGUAACCCCUGGGUGUCUCCGUGCCCACAAAACACUACCCUGGACAGUGCUACGGCCAUCUGGGUGCCGUGCCCAGAAACCCUUUCCAUAGGAACUUCCGUCCACCCUGUUCUUAAAGCCAAUGGCUCCUAUCAGUUUCCUGUGACACUUU